UAGGUAAGCCUAAUCAAAACUAUUUCAAAACCACACGACGCUCAGCAACGCCACGAGAGGGAAAAAACACAAGUGAAACAGAUACAAAGUUAUAGAGAUUCUCACUUCGGUGUACCUGAACUCUGGGUUAAACGCCACGGUUUUUAUUUUUCCUUUGUAUAUUUUUAGUACUACGUCGGUUGCAGGUAUAGGCAACUGCUGUAAUUGAAUGAAUAAUUUGCUAGUAGAUUAACUACAUCUAUACAACACUGAUUAUUUAUCUACGUAUGACGUUCUUUUAUUGAUUGCUACAGUAUAGCAUGCAGAAAGCAGUUUCACUGUUGCAACACGCGUUGUUCCUCGAGUCAAAUGAUUGACUUUGGACUUCCUUAAGCCUUUUGUCCCAUAGGUGAUUAUGCUUGCUGUGAAUAAGAAAGCACUGGCGAUUUUGCUGGUGGUCUUGCCACUCUUAUUUAUUUUUUUUUACCACUGGAGCUCAGGGUCCGUUACCACAAUUGACGUUCAAGGAACAGACUCUUUAAAAGAGCUUCUGGAGAAGAGGACACAGCAGGCGAAUUAUGGAAAUGACAAUAUUCCUUACCGCAUCAAAGACAGCAUCUCAAAAACUCUUGCCAUUAAUGGAUGUGUCUGUGAAAGCGACAAACCACGCAUCAAUUUACCCUUUGCUCAGCUACUGUUCCCUCAGAUAUCAGCUACCCAGCUACAUGCCUUGUUACAAGAAUCAGACCUGCCAAAAGUAAAACAAUAUAGAGAUAAGGAGUACCAGAGCUUCCGUAAGAGGACUUACACAGCUGCAGACUCGCUGAUUUUAGCUGAGGCCAACAGCCCUCUUCAGUACCCUACUCAAGGUGUGGAAGUCAGACCGACAAGGACCAUUCUAAUCCCCGGUUUGAGUCUAAACGAAAAAUCCAAAAAGAGUCCCUAUGUGGUGGAUCUAAUUGCAACAAUGGGGACAUUUGAUACUUCGGCGCUGGUGAAUGGAGUGAAAAUCAGUGGAGAAGGAGAGAUGCACAUUACUUUUGUGAGCGAAUCGCUGGCUUUGCUAAACAGACAGCUGCAGUUUGUCACCUACACAAACACAAGGUUUCACCCCAACACAGCAGAUGUAGUGCAAUUUGAAACGACUGGUUUCAAAGCAACAUUUACUAUUAGGAUCAGACAUCCACCAAUGCCUAGAUUCUUCAACCCCGGACCCAAAAAAGACUACAAUGUCAGCACUCUGGUCACCAUUGCCACCAAAACAUUUCUACGCUAUGAUAAACUUCAAGAUUUGAUCGACAGCAUUCGACAGUUCUACCCCACUAUAACUAUAGUUAUAGCUGAUGACACCAAAGAUCCAAAACCUGUAAAAGGCCCUUACAUUGAACAUUAUCUCAUGCCAUUUGGGAAGGGAUGGUUUGCUGGCCGAAACCUGGCCGUCUCUCAGGUGGCAACCAAGUAUGUGCUUUGGGUGGAUGAUGAUUUCAUUUUCACCUCAAACACCAAACUUGAAAAAAUGGUGGAUAUUUUGGAGACAACCACUUUGGACCUGGUGGGAGGUGCAGUCAGGGAAGUGACUGGAUACACUGCCACCUAUCGGCACAUCGUCUCCACAGAUCCAGAUGCGGUCAUUAAUUUUUUCAUGGCUCGCACAGAGAAAAUACGACAAGUGGGCUUUGAUCCACGUCUGGCUCGGGUUGGUCAUUUAGCAUUUUAUAUCGAUGGGCUUGGCUCUCUCCAUGUGGGCUCCUGUGAUGAUGUCAUCAUUAAUCACGCAUCAAAGAUCAAGGGGUUGUUGCCAUGGGGACAGUCUGAUACUGACAAAGCCUAUGCUUCUUUUCGCUAUCCCUCCUCAGAAGAGAAAAGUGUACAGGAAUAUGAUCUUUACUACCUAAAGAACCAUUUUAAAUGCGUCACUAGUGAAUAGAUAUCUAAUUGUGACAACAUCUGCAUGAAAAUGACAAACAAAAGGGGCACAUAAAAGUAUAUGUAAGGCAUCAAUCAAAACCUUUCAUUUUAUGGAGACAUCUUACUUUCAUGGGAAAGUGUGGAUUUUUAAUUUUUGAUAAACCAUCCCUUUAUAGCCAUAAGCAUUUUUGCAGUAUUUUGCGGAAAAAGUUAUGGUGAAUUGCCCUGAAGUGGGACACUGCCUUGUGGGACACCUAAUGUCUCGUGUUUGUAGGUCCCCCUAAAAACAUGUGACGGAACAAAAAUCACAUGACCUCACAAAUAUACAGUCAUGUAUGCGGGUGGAGCCAUCUUCAAAUAGAAAACACAUUUGAAUCAAAAAGUGUCCCAGAUUAGAGUAAUUCAACCCUAUCUAAAUAAUCACAAAAAUCAGUAUAAAUAUUAAACAAUCUAACAGAAAUACACAAUAUUAAAUCUCAACAGAACAGCACAAGGUGGUGUCAUUGUUCUGGUCAUUUAUCAAAUGUAGUGAUUUGCUUUUCACGCCACAAGAGGGCGGCAACUCAUCAGGGGAACUAUGCAAAUUAUAUUGUAAGAACAUUGAUUGUUACAUACUUUUUUAUUAUUGUUUUUCAUUGUACAUUGAGCAACACUGUGUGGAGUAUUAUAUUGAGUGGGGGAGAUUGGGGUAAGACCGAUAAAACAUAUUUUUUUGGAAGGCUAUGUUAAAUUAUGGUUUAAAAUUAUUUAUAAAGGGUGUGCGUGUCAUGUGUUAGUAUCUUUUUACAUAAAAAUAAACUUUUUUUACUUUGGUGCUUGUUGCUUUAAUUUUACAAUUAUAGCCGUUUAACACAGUGUAAUUAAACCUACUGCCAAUCAUAAACUUGAAGUGACAUUUAGGAUACAUUUUUUUUAUGUGCACAUAGUAUGAUUUUAAUGUUUGAUCUAUCAGAGAUAGUAAACCAACUUUUUCAUGUACUGUACAACUGUUCAAUAAAGUCUAUGCUGAUCGUA